AUGAACUCAAUGGCCCUCCCCCGAGCUCUAGCGAGCACCACCUGGCGCGCAGUCGCCGCCAACCCCUCGGCCCCGGCCUCUCGCGCGGGGUUCUUUGCCCAGCGAUGCUAUGCCACCCGCGCCGCGAAGACGACGGCCGCCGCUGCGCCGGCUACCGCUACAAAGUCCACCACCACUGCCGCGAAGAAGACCACGACCACGACGAAGAAGAGCGUGAGCACCUCUGCUGCUAGCAAGAAGGCUGCUGCUGCUGCUGCCGCUGCCCCGAAGACGCCCACCUCAGUCCCAAGUCCCGCGCCCACAACAAGCUCUCCCACGACAACCCCGACGGCGUCCACCCCGAAACCGGCUCCCACUGUAGCGGCAGCGGCAGCGGCAGCGGCAGCGGCAGCGGCGACGCCAGCAGCAGCCCCCAUCCGGCCCUACGCACCCACACCCUCUCCGCCCCGCGCCCCAGAGGCGGACGCCCGUCCCAAGCUGAACCCGAACAGCAAGGAAUACCGGAAAGCGUACGGCACGGCGGCGAGGAAGUGGACCGCGACCAUGGUGGCCAUGCCCAUCCUCCUCGUCACCUCCUACUUUCUCUUUGACAGAUUGGCUCUGGGUCAUGAAGCAAAAGUAAUGCCGGAUUUCGAAGGUGCUAAGAAGGCCGCAGAGGCACAGAAAGAGGUGGAGAAGUUUGUCGAAGAAGCACAGGCGCAAGCCAAGGCGGCAUAG